AUUAGUUUAUUUUCAACAUUCGUUGUUAACGGUCAUAUUUUUCUUCUAUCGCGUUCAACACAAAUUAAAAACGACAAAAUGUCAAUGUUAUCGUUUCUCUUGACUACUCUCACGGGUCUGUUAGUCGCUCUUUUUCUACACUUACGCAAAAAGUUAUCCUACUGGCAAUCGUUGGGUGUGAAGUGUGAAGAACCUCAUUUUUUGUUGGGCAAUUUAAAAGGAGUACAAACGAAACGAGGAUUCUAUCAAAUUUGGCAAGAAUAUUAUGAUAAGUUCCGUGGCAGUGGUCCCUUUGUGGGUUUUUAUUGGUUUUACAAACCGGCGGUUUUUGUUUUGGAGCCACAAUUAAUUAAAAAUAUUUUAAUAAAAGAUUUUCAAAAUUUCACGGAUCGUGGCUUUUUUCACAAUGAAAAAGAUGAUCCUUUAUCGGGUCAAUUAUUUCUGUUGGAUGGCUUGAAAUGGAAAAAUAUGAGAAAUAAACUAUCGCCCACUUUUACCUCGGGUAAAAUGAAAUUUAUGUUUCCCACAGUUAUACGAGUGGGAGAGGAAUUUAUAGAGGUUUUCGAUAGAAUGAUAAAGGAACAGGACAGCAUUGUAGAGGUUAAGGAAUUGCUGGCCCGUUUUACCACCGAUGUUAUAGGCACUUGUGCCUUUGGCAUUGAAUGCAGCAGUUUAAAAGAUCCUAAUGCGGAAUUUCGGGUAAUGGGUCGUAAGGCCUUGGUCGAACAGAGACACAAUCAAUUGGUUAUAGCUUUUAUGGCUAGUUUUAUAGAAUUAGCCCGUAAGUUGCAUUUCAAACAAACACCCGAUAAUAUAGAAGAAUUUUUCUUGCGCAUUGUCAGGGAGACUGUGGAAUAUCGUGAGAAAAAUAAUAUCAGACGUAAUGAUUUUAUGGAUAUGUUGAUUGAUUUGAAAAAUAAGAAAUUAAUUAAAACCGAACAUGGUGAGGAAUUGACCAAUUUAACUUUGGAAGAGAUAGCAGCCCAAGCAUUUGUAUUCUUUAAUGCGGGCUUUGAAACUUCAUCUACAACUAUGGGCUUUGCUUUAUAUGAAUUGGCUCAAAAUGAAGAGGUACAGGAGAGAGCCAGACAAGAAGUUUUAAAGAAUUUCGCGAAACAUGAUCAGAAGUUUACUUAUGAAUGCAUGAAGGAUAUGGUAUAUUUGGAGCAAGUAAUGGCAGAAACCCUUCGCUUGUACACAGUUUUGCCCAUACUAAAUCGCUCCUGUUUAGAAGACUAUGUAGUGCCCGGUCAUCCCAAUUUGGUGAUCAAAAAAGGCAUGCCCAUUAUAAUACCCAUCGGUGCUAUACAUCGUGAUGAAAAAUAUUACCCCGAACCGCUUAAAUUCAAUCCCGAUAAUUUUACUCCCGAUAAAGUGGCCGAACGUGAUUCAGUCUUAUGGUUGCCUUUCGGAGAGGGACCACGCAAUUGCAUUGGUUUACGAUUUGGUAAAAUGCAAACAAUUAUCGGUUUAGCUUUACUCUUAAAGAAUUUUAAGUUUUCGAUAUGCCCCAAAACUGAAAUGCCUUUAACACUAAGUAAAAAAAGUUUUCUAUUGAGUACAGAGAAGGGUAUCUAUCUGAAGGUAACUAAAGUGGAAUGAGUUGUGUUCUGGUGGGAAUAAGGGGAAAAAUGUGGUUUUAGUUAAAAAAAAAAAAAUAAUAAUAAAUAAAUUUGGUCAUACUCAUUUUUACAGUGUAUGUAUCUAAUUUGUAUUCAACAA